AUGGCCAAACUUAAGGAGCCCGCCAUCGUGUGGGCUUCGUCGUCGUCGGUCUACGGGCUGAAUACCAAGGUGCCCUUCUCGGAGUUUCACCGGACCGAUCGGCCUGCGUCGCUGUAUGCGGCGACGAAGAAGGCCGGAGAGGAGAUUGCUCACACUUAUAAUCAUAUAUACGGGCUUUCGAUCACCGGCUUGAGGUUCUUUACUGUUUACGGGCCUUGGGGUCGGCCCGACAUGGCCUACUUCUUCUUCACCAAUGACAUCCUCAAAGGAAACCCUAUUACAAUCUUUGAGGGGCCAAAAGGGGAGACAGUGGCUAGGGAUUUUACCUACAUUGAUGAUAUUGUGAAGGGUUGUGUCGGUGCUCUUGAUACGGCUGAGAAGAGUACUGGCACUGGGGGGAAGAAGAAGAGGCCAGCUCAGCUUAGGGUCUAUAAUCUCGGGAAUACUUCGCCAGUUCCUGUUUCGGAUUUGGUGACAAUUCUUGAGAGGUUAUUGAAGGUGAAGGCUAAUAAGAAGGUUAUGAAAAUGCCCGCGAACGGAGAUGUGCAGUUUACUCAUGCUAAUAUUAGUCUUGCACAGAGAGAGCUAGAUUAUCAUCCUACUACCGAUCUUAAGACGGGGUUGAAGAGGUUCGUUCGAUGGUAUGUAGACUACUAUAACCCUCCUGGGGUUGAGGCUGUCGCCAAGAAAAAUGGGAGGAGUAGCUCGAGCUAGCAGAGGGUGGAGCUUUUGGCUGGUUAGAAACUUGUUUGUAAUUCUUGAUAUCUCCAUAUUAUUUGUGUUGUUAAUUUUGAAGCUUAUUUCAGUGCAUUUCAAAAAAUAUCUGAAAUCAUGUUCCACUUAGUUUGUAGUCGAUUAUUUCAUUUACCUCUGUUCCAUUAACUGAUAUGUUGAUCGCCAAAAGAGGAAAAUGAGAAUCUAAAUGCCCUCUGAAAGUUUGAAGGUCUCUUAAGGGAGAGAUGUGUGUAGCUAGCAGGAUACCUUUUAUUAAUCUGUACCAUUUGUCAAAUUUGAAAGCACGCAGCUCUUUUAUUGUUAUA